ACACCAAUGCAACCUUACAGAUCAUGCUGGAUUCAUCUCUGGACUGGAUUAUUAAACACAUUCGGUGGAUUUAAAACCAACUCAACAUUAUGAUAUAAUGAAAUGAAGUAGCAAGACUUAAAGCUAAAGUCAACUGAGGACACAUUUUUAUUAACUUAUUAAUAAGUUAAUUUAUUAAAUAUAUAUAGCCUAAUUUAUUAAAUAUGAUUCCAGUGCGGCUGAUCUCAGCUUUGGUAGUGGCGUGUGGUUGCAGCGUGCUCGCGCACGCAAUGCAAGCAAACUUCACUCUGGAUAAUGACAUUGAGUCCAGCUUCCUCCAGCGGCGGCUGAAGAGCCAGGAGCGCAGGGAGAUGCAGCGGGAGAUUCUCUCCAUCCUCGGGCUGCCGCACCGGCCCCGUCCGCUCCUGCACGAGAGGCACACCGCGGCUCCCAUGUACAUGCUUGAUCUCUAUAACGCCAUCCGGGAGGACGGAGAUCAGAGCACUUAUAAACCGGUGUACACGACCCCGGGACCCGCGAUGGUGACCCAGCAGGACAGUCGCUUUCUCAGUGAUGCCGACAUGGUGAUGAGCUUUGUCAAUCUGGUGGACCCAGAUGACGACCUCCGUCUCGGUCAUCAGCACCGCAGAGAGUUUCAUUUCGACCUCUCCCGCAUACCGCUGGGAGAAACCGUGAGUGCUGCUGAGCUCCGUAUCUACAAGGACUUUGUGUACGAGCGCUAUGAAAAUGAGACUUUCCAUGUCAGUGUGUUCCAGGUGCUCCAACAGCAGCCCAAAAGGGAGCUGUACCUGCUAGACUCGCGAGUGGUGUGGGCAGCAGAAGAGGGAUGGCUGGUAUUUGACCUCACGGUCAUCACUAACCACUGGGUUAUAAACCCAGGUCAGAACUUGGGACUGCAGCUCUCUCUGGAAACUGCACAUGGUGAAAGAAUGAACCCAAGGAGAGCAGGUCUGGUGGGCAGCCGUGGACCUCAGAAUAAGCAGCCAUUUAUGGUGGCGUUUUUGAAAGCAUCAGGAAUCCAUCUCCGCAGUGUUCGCUCAGCACCAGGAAACAAACAGAGGGGUCACCAGCGCUCUAAAAACCCCAAACCUGGCGUUGCACCCAGCCAUGUAGCUUUGAAGACAGCCGAGGCCGCAGAGGGCGCCAGUGUAGACCCCAAACAGGGCUGCAAGAAGCAAGAACUGUAUGUCAGCUUCAGAGAUCUGGGAUGGCAGGACUGGAUCAUUGCUCCAGAGGGUUACGCUGCAUACUACUGUGAGGGAGAAUGUGUGUUCCCCCUGAACUCUUAUAUGAAUGCCACAAACCAUGCUAUUGUACAGACACUGGUCCAUUUCAUAAACCCAGAAACAGUCCCGAAGCCCUGCUGUGCUCCAACGCAGUUACACGGAAUCUCAGUUUUGUACUUUGAUGACAGUUCCAACGUAAUAUUGAAAAAGUACCGCAACAUGGUCGUCAGAACCUGCGGAUGCCACUAAUCUGCCCUGGACAAAAUAAGGGAUGCAAAUACUUUUGAUUAACAAGAGCCCAGAGAGAAAAGAGACUCAUUACUGCAGCAAAAGUGGACUUCUCUGUCGGAGGAGUGUACAUCCAAAGCAUACAUUUUCAUUAAAAUCUCAAAACUCCUGGAACUGUAUGAGGCUGACCACAGCUGAGUCAAGUGCGUGGUGUUCUGGCUUUUAUUUCUGCACAGAGAGCCAAGUUUGGAAUAUCAAAGAGGACAUGAGCAGAUAAAAAGAGAAAGAACUGGCAGGAAAAACGCACAUUGCUUUAUGGAGAUUUCAUUACAAAAAACACUUUUAAGAUGGCAUGAUUUCUGUAUGUAAUUCAUUGAAGUAAUUCCUGGAAAAUUCCUGCCAUGACUGAACUUAUCAGAAAGUCUGAGACCACUAGGAGAAAUACUUUUAUUGUGGAUUUUCUUAUUUAAUUUUUUUCUAUUAAAAAUAUGCAUAACAAUAGGAGUUAAACGUUGAGUGAGAAUAAAGACAUGAAUUUGAGCUUAUGUUGAUCUUAUGUGCUUCAGUGGAUAAAUUCAUAGUCUUAAAUAUCUCUUUUACAUUUUACAUCAUAAUGUGCCUUUGUUUAAAAUUCUGGUUAUUUCCAGUUUUGAAUUGCAGAAUUUGCAUGUGGUUGCAGAUUUUUAGACCCCACUGUAUUUUGCACAAGAUGUGAAAUACACAUGCAAAUGAUGGGUGUCUGUUACAGUGAGUCAAAGCAAUGGUUUUUGAUUUCACUCUUUCAGGACACUUAACAAACCCUUACACAGAUGUCCAGCACUUGAUUAAACAAGACUGCAUAAAAUAUUCAACUCAGUUUUGCCUGAAAACACGUGUUUUCUCUCAGCAGUUAUCAGUCAUUAUUACAGUUAAAAAAAAAAAGCCAUGUGCAUGGAUUUGGCCUUUCAUGGGUUUCAGAAGAGUCAAGAUUCUGUGUUUACAUCACCAUUGGUAAUUUAAUUUAUGUGAUUAUUUAUCAGUCAAAGCCACGUGCUUGGAUUUGGAUCACUUUUUGUCUAAUAGAAGAAUAGUUUCUCAAGUAAAUUUCUGUCAAUAUGUAUUCUGACUUAAAAUGUAUGCGCAUUAAUUUUUUCCACCCUCAUUCUGCAAUAGAUGGAUCCAGUUUUAUGCAAGAUUAUAUCCUCCAUCCUUAAUGCUUAAUCAAAAACAUUAGCAAAUUACCAUGGUAUAUCUUGAUUUAGCUAAUCACAAGAGCAUUUAGCACUAUGCUAAGCUAGUAUGCUAGGCUGUUAUCUUGCUAACUGAAAGCUAACUGAAAACAAAGAAAAGGAAAUGCUUAAUUUUACCAUGUUUGUAGCUACUGUAUGAUAAUGUGAUGUGUAAUUUAAAAUACAGUAACAUUUAGUUUCAUAGAGUACAUAUAAAAAGUGGGAUGGAAUCAUUCUUGGGUCCAUUGAGGAUCCUUCGUUGAAAACACACCUUGUGACAACUUAUCAUUAAUUAUGUGUGCUCACAUAGGAUUUACAAAACAAUUAUGUGUAUACACACCAAUAGUGAAUGAACCCUUUGUUGUGGAGAUUGUGAAUGAGUGUGUGUGUGUGUGUGCGCGUGUUUUUGUGACAUAUCAGGACACAACUUUGUAUAAUGACAUGGGUAUGACACAGGUAUUACAAGGAUACUUAUGAGGACAUAACUCAUGUCCCCAUUUAUCAAAAUUUAUAUAAACCAUACAGAAUGAGUUUUUCUGAGAAAGUCAAAAUGCACAAAGUUUUCUG